UGCGGGGGACCGGUGCGGUUUGAGGGCACGCGGGCGGCUCGAGGCGGCUCUGCCGAGCCUGGCGGUGGGUGUGCAUCGCAGGGGGCCUAGGGAGGUUCGCUCAAAUCCUAAGACCUUUUGAAAGCAACCGUCAAUAAGGCUUGAAAAUACUAAAGCAAGUAGAUUGGGAGGCAUUCACGGACUGAAAGGGGGAAGUAGAUUCUUUGCAGAUGGGCAACAGCUGUGAAAAGCUGCCGCAGCCUCCCUAGAAAAAGGGAGGUGCUGAAGGAAAUGGGGCCGUAUAUCAAAGUGCAGGAAGCCUGAGCAUGCCUGCAGGUGGUAGAAAUGCCUGACCUCAAAAUGCGGGCUGUCUAAUUGUAUAUAGUCUUAGCUACCCAUGCUAGGAAGCAAUGCGACUGCAAUGCAAGCCUUCUGCAGGAGUGUCGGAGUGACUAAUGGGAGAACCAGAUGUUGAGAGUACAGUGUAUGCAAGCCGGCUGUGGAAGCCCCAGUCCUGCGACAGAUGUGGAACGACCUGUGGAGAUGACCAACUUAUCCUAGAUCCCUGGAAGGAGGGUUAAGCUUUGUGGUUGACCAUGAAUGCUAGUGGCCCUGGAUAUCCAUUAGCCUCUCUUUAUGUGGGAGAUCUACACCCAGAUGUGACAGAAGCCAUGUUAUAUGAGAAGUUCUCGCCUGCUGGGCCGAUAAUGUCCAUCAGAGUUUGUCGGGAUGUUGCCACACGCCGAUCACUGGGCUAUGCCUACAUAAAUUUUCAGCAGCCUGCAGAUGCUGAGCGAGCCUUGGACACCAUGAAUUUUGAAGUCAUCAAAGGUCGCCCGAUUCGAAUCAUGUGGUCCCAGCGAGACCCAGGUCUCAGGAAAUCGGGGGUUGGGAAUGUCUUUAUCAAGAAUCUGGAUGACUCCAUUGACAACAAAGCCUUAUACGACACAUUCUCAGCCUUUGGGAAUAUCCUUUCUUGCAAGGUGGUUUGCGAUGAAAAUGGAUCCCGUGGUUACGGCUUUGUUCACUUUGAGACUCACGAGGCAGCAAAUCGGGCCAUUGAAACCAUGAAUGGGAUGCUGCUCAAUGACCGCAAGGUCUUUGUUGGUCACUUUAAGUCCCGCAAAGAGCGUGAGGCUGAAUUUGGGGCUAGAGCAAUGGAAUUCACCAAUGUCUAUAUCAAAAACUUUGGGGAUGACAUGGAUGAUGACAAGCUGCGGGAAAUAUUCUCCAGGUUUGGGAAGACGCUAAGUGUCAAAGUUAUGAUGGAUGAUUCUGGCCACUCGAAAGGCUUUGGGUUUGUCAAUUUUGAGAAGCACGAGGAAGCCCAGAAGGCUGUGGCAGACAUGAAUGGGAAGGAAAUCAAUGGCCGGAUGGUGUACGUUGGCCGAGCUCAGAAGAGGCUGGAGCGUCAGAGUGAACUGAAGCGUAAAUUUGAACAGAUCAAGCAGGAAAGAGCAAGCAGGUACCAGGGGGUAAACUUGUAUGUGAAGAACCUGGACGAUGGUAUCGAUGAUGAGCGGCUAAGGAAGGAGUUCUCUCCAUAUGGUACCAUUACUAGUGCCAAGGUGAUGACAGAAGGUGGACACAGCAAAGGGUUUGGCUUUGUAUGUUUUUCCUCCCCAGAAGAGGCUACCAAGGCCGUGACAGAAAUGAAUGGGCGGAUUGUCAGCACCAAGCCUUUGUAUGUUGCCCUUGCUCAAAGGAAGGAGGAAAGGAAAGCAAUUCUCACCAACCAGUAUAUGCAGAGGUUGUCUACCAUGAGGACCCUGCCUGGCCCUCUCCUUGGCUCCUUCCAGCCACCUACAGGGUACUUCCUGCCUCCCAUCCCACAGCCGCAAACCAGAGCUACUUUCUACAGUCCCAGCCCAGUUGCCUCAGUCCGUCCUGCUGCUCGCUGGAGUGCACAGCCCUCCAGGCCUCCCCCCUUCCCAUCAGCUACCCCGAUCCUGAGGACCACAGCUCCACCCAGGCGCCUGUUGUCCAACAUCAGCACCAUGAGGCAGGCCUCGACCCAAGUGCCCCGAGUGCCACCACAGACCCAGAGAGUGGUUAACAUAGGGACCCAGACAGUCAGCGCUCGAGCACUCCCUACAGCUUCCCUGCCCCGGAGCACUUCACAGUACAAGUACUCCUCCGCGGUGCGGAACGUCCAGCCAGUGGGAAGUGUGACGCCUAUGCCAGUACAGCAGGGUGGAGAACCUGCUGUUCAUGUCCAGGGGCAGGAGCCACUGACUGCAUCUAUGUUGGCUGCAGCCCCUCCUCAGGAGCAGAAGCAAAUGAUAGGUGAACGCCUCUACCCCCUCAUUCAUGCAAUGCAUGCCUCGCUUGCUGGGAAGAUCACAGGGAUGCUGCUAGAGAUUGAUAAUUCUGAGCUGCUGCUGCUGCUGGAAUCGCCAGAAUCCCUCCGCUCCAAGAUUGAGGAAGCAGUUGCAGUGCUCCAAGCACACCAAGCUACUGAGUCGACGCAUAAGAGUGGCACUGCCACGUUCCUUCAGUGAGAUGCAGAAGACUGAAAUAUGAAAGACACACUCUUCUCUGCUCUGAGCAACACUUGUCUCUGGGAAAAAAAACAGCAACCUUGUGUAUCACCAUGUCCAGCUGAAGCGUGUGUUCUACAUACAGUGACUCUGACUUGCAUUAAGGCCCAGUCCUGUUGCAUUACUUUUUCUUGGUGCAUUUAAAAACUUUGCAAAAUGAUUUUUUUUCCCCAGAAAUGAACUGCACUUGUGUAACAUUUGCCCAUGUGAGCUCUCUUCUUGCAACCCUAGCAGCUGGGAGCACGUUGUGAAAAUGCAACAUGGGGGAUAUGCAAUAGAAUGGAAGACUCUCCUCUUUAAUGGUGAGGAGAGAAACACAAUUGGUUCAGUUGUAGCAUUUCAGGAGGUGACAAGUACUGACAAUUCACCAUUUUUACUAAGUUCACUGGGUUCUGUAAUUUUAUUUGUUCUUGUAGUUGACAAGAUAAAGAGUUGCUUUUUCCACCCUCACCUUGUAUUAGUCAGUCUUUCUUUUAAAAAAAAUUUACUGCUUCAUCUGCAAAACUUGCUGUCUACGUAUCAGUCACAAAGAUUAUCCUUAUGCUGCAGAGGGUCAAGAAUGGAGUUGAAGGCCUGAGAACUAACUAGGGGACAGAAAAUAGAGUGAAUAGUCAAUGUACAGAGUUAGCAGGAGAUUGCCUUGAAGUUCUGUAAUGGCCCUCUUGUAUUUAUGUUAAAAGGAAACUUAAGAAAGUGGGGAGAGCAGCAAAGUAGCCAAUUCUGCAGAGGUGUUAAGCAAGAACUAAGAGGAGAAAGGAACUUCAGAGAGACCUAACUGAAGUAUGUGAAUGGGGCAACACAAUUUAUUUGUUGCCAUGGAUUUUCUGUUGGAAUGGAAAAUGUUAUCCCACUCUAUUUUACCAGGCAGUAAGCUAGCUAGGCCUGGUAAAGUUAGGCCAUAGACCUAUUGUUGCAGACAGCUCCAAUGAAGACCUCUACUUUAUGUGUAGAUGCAAUCAAACAAACAAACUCAUGCCAGGAAGCCUUUAGAAUGGAAUAUGCAUAGAUGGUAGCCUAUAAGGAAGGUUGCCCGACACAUCUAGGCCUUGUUUGGUUUCAGAAAGUUUUAGCCAUCAAUCAUUUGAAAUUCUAAAAUGUUUGGCAUCUGCCUCAAGCUGAAUUUUGCCUAUAGGAAAAAAUAUGACUGAUAUUUGUAAACUGAUAAAUAAGGGACUGCAUUAAGGUUGCCUAGGCCUCCUGAACUGUGGCAUUUCCUGAGUCUAACUGUAGCACUGAUGUUCCUUUAAUGUUCUUGACUUUGGCUAUAAGAGAUCACGGGUGCAGGCUCAGCUGGAGUAAUUUGCAGUACUUACAUAGUUAGAUAGUGCAGGGGAAUUUGGAGAAAGACCACUAUGAUGGGUGGAGCUGGAAAAAUUCUAUUAGGAGUGAAAAGAUUAGGAUUAAGAGAUGAACAUGGACUGAAGCCUGUAACAUGAAUUUGGGUGGGGGGCAGGAAAGUAGUGGCAGCUUCUUGAUCAUUUGCUUACUCUCUCCCCGCUCCUUUUUCCCCCCAAUCUCCUUCUAUCAUAGAGAAGUCUUUUAUAUAAAAAUAUCCUUGCUGAAAUAUGAGGUGGGCACUGGGCAGCAUGAUUAAGUGAUGCACAGUGAUGGUCCUAUAUUAAUAAAGCCACAGUUAAUGGCCACAUGCUGUAGAGUGCAGUGAUAGCAUUUUACUUUGCUGUCCUGAAAUACUCUUCCGCAUGGCUCAGCUGGAAACACUGACAUAAGUCCUCAGUGAAUGCUUCUGAGUAAUGGUGGCAGUGUGUGGGAGUGUUCGUUUGCUGACCUAAUUCUGCCUCCUGGGCCUCUUUUCCAAAGCUGUUCAGGUAGCUUGGCUCAAAUUUCUUCCUGCAGUAUGUAGUUAGGAAGGGGGGAGAACGUUACUAGCUUCAGCAUUUUAAUUCCUUGAGUCCCAGUGCUGUUUUGCUAUUGAGGAAGUCCAACAACCCAGUCUAAACUCUGCUCCCUAAGCACUAGCUGUUGGGCUUCAUGUGACAGCAGAGGAACCAUGGACUCUUAAUUCACUUUUUGUCUCUGGCUUUCAGCCCAAACAGGACCCAGCAGUGCAUAGAAACAAAACCAGAUUCUGAUGUUCUGCAGCAUGGUGAUACAGUGUCCAAUACUGUAGCUAUGCAGCCACAGCGCUCUCACCUUUUGGAGCUCUUCUUACAGACUGUAUUUAUGAUGACACCUGGCUCAUGGCUGCAGGGAACCUCAAAUGUAAGGUUGAGAAAUUAUUUUAAAAUAAGAAAGUACUGAAGCACUGUGAAAUGCACAGAUCUCUGCUUACAGCUCUGAUGAGAUAGCAGAAGCUGCUCUUUGUCAAGGCUGUGAUGUCUAUGCAAAUACUAUGCCAGCCUCACAAGAGCAUUUUCUAAUUCCUGAAUGUAGUCCAAGUAGUGAUAAACAGAACCCUGACCCUAUCCAAGAAGAAGUGAUAAUUCCACACUGACUCAGCAAAGGUUUAGGACUACAAAUGAAGAUAUUACAGCUACAGUUUACAUUACAUCUGUACAUUCUGUAUAUAUCCUGAUAUAAAUAAACCAAUUUCUGUUUAAUGCAUCUUGCACCUUUCUCUAGUUUGGUAAUCUUGGUACUAAACACUACAGAGCUGCAAAGCUUCACUUGUUAAUUAAUAUAACUGUCUUCAAUAGGCUGGGCAUGAGCUAGAACUUUGGCAGUAUUUUCACUGCUGUAUAAAGGAUGGAUUUCAGACUGUGGCUCUGUGUAAUCAGGCAAAUGAAUAAAAUAGUGCUUUUUAUGCCAAGAGUG